GCCGCCUACCCGAUUAGCUCCCGCUCGCCGGUGGAAGGCUGUCCUCCCUCACCAUCACCCAAUAUUCUACAACACCACUCGACUCAGACCUGGCUCCUCAUCAAGCGGAACAUCCAACUGCGACCAUUCAGACUUCCCCUCUCCGCGGGCGGAACAGCCGAGACCGGCGAGAUCACAACGGAGCACGCCAGCCUACCAAGGACCACUGGGAUAUUGGAUACCCGGUCGCGCGCGUGCGUGCCCUGCAGAGCGGACACCAUGGCGUCUCUGAUCCCGCUCAUCAACGACCUGAUACCCAUGAUCGUUUCCUCCUCGGUAUCCGUCACCAAAGCGAGCACCCUCCGCCCUCCCAAUGCAACUCUAGAUCCCGCUUCUGCGAACGAGGCCGAUGCCAUUGUAAGCAAAAGCGAUAAGCUCUGCGCCUCCGAUACCAUUGUUUACAUGGCUUCCGGAACCGGCAUCUUAUUCGUUAGCCCCGGUGCAGGGCAAGAAGUCAAACGACAUGAGCUGUCCUCGGGUGAUUUUGCCUUCAUUCCGUCCUGGACUGAGCACCAACUGUUGAACGAGUCGGAUCAAGAUACCGUGUGGGUCAUUACUCGCAGCGGUUCCCAGCCGGUCACGGUGGGCUUGACGGAUUGGGGAGGUGACCGGGCGAAGUGA